GUUUCUAAAUCAAAUCCCACCUACUACUACUACUACUACUAUCAUCCGUCGAAUGUAAACAAGUUACAAAACCUGCAACGCCUCGUUACUUAAUCGCCCUACUACACGCGAGUCUUGUAAUAUAACGUCAUGUAUAAUAACGGAUUCGUUAAACGACAUAUAUAUGAAGCUGUUUAACCGUAAUGUUACUGUAACUUUCGUCUAUAACCAAAGCCAACGGUCUUCGCAGUUAAAAAUGAUGCAGAACUUUGGUAGGAUACCGAGGUCUUCUCGUUUUCGGGUGCCCGGGAGGAGAUUUUCUCAGCUUGGUCAUUAUUUGAGAACGGAGGGUCCACGAGAGCCACAAAGCUCUCCCAGCCAGCGCCAGCUUUCUCGGAGUUUACAUUCAGUGUUUCAAGUGAAGUUUUGUGAUUUGUGUGGGAAAGUAUCGAGUGUGUUCAAAACCAGAACCUACGUUUGCCAGACUGGAGAGAUUGGGAGUGAAGAUGAAGGUAUCAUGAGUGAUGGGGAAAUUGAUUUUGAAGAAAGUGUUCUGUUAGAUAGAGGACAGCUCGAACUUGUCCGGACUAAUCUGCAUCUUAAUUCUAGUGACAGAGUUGUGAAGAGUUUAGCAGAAGCUGCCAGUUUACAUGAAGUAUUUUCCAUAGUAGAAAACCAAAAUGAUCACGUAACGGCAACACAAAUAUGUCAGGCAGUUGUGACCCUGUGGGAUCUACAAAAGGUGUAUGGGAGGUUUGAAUGUGAUUUUCCCAAUUUCAAAAGUGUCAAGUAUUCUGAUUUCCUUAACAGUAUAGUUCAGCAUCCAAAUUUUAUCAGACUGCUUUCUCGUUUAGAAACCAUAGCUGAGGACCUAGAAAAUGAUGCAGUGUCGUGUUUACUCUUAUAUCUCUUUAGAUUGGGAAUAGAUGACUCUUCAGCAGUUAUGCAAAAACUGCUCUUGUUGUGCUCAAGAAAUAUUGAUGACUUCAGUCUUAGAGCAAUGUCCAGGUUGAGUGUUUACUUGCGAAAUCAAGGCAUCAGAGGAUACUACUUGCAGUCAAAGAUUGUGAGCCUGGCCGAGAGAAAAUUGAAGACAGUGUCGACCCCUGAAGAUCUGAAAUUGAUUACUAUAUGUUUGAACAGCACAUCAAGGUUACUUUCAGACUCUCUUUUCGGUGAAUAUGAAACCUUGUUACAGAAGUUUGUCAGAGAAGGAAAGCUAGAUAAGAGUGAGCCUAGAUUGUUGCUCAAGUUCCUCAGGUUUUUAACUCAGAAAGAAUGGGUCAAGAAGCCCGACUCCUUGCAGCGACAGUUAAUGCUUCAUCUCUCAAGUAAGAUACACACGAUGAAUGGAGUGGAGAUCGUAGCAUUAAGUAAUUAUUUUCAUAACAUUAUCGAACCGAGGGAGGUGCUUUACAAAAUCCGAGAACGUGUCAGGAACUUGACGGAAGUGAGUCAGCCCUUUCAGAAGAAAGCUAGGUUAAUGCUGUGUGUGGCCCCUUUUACCCCAUAUGAAGAUCGUUCUAGCUUUGAAGAGAUUAUUAUUGACAAUCUGGAGGAAGAUGACUUAUUUGAUAUGAUUCCUGCCAUUUUCAAGUGUUUGAGAAGUAUGAAGACCUCAAAUUUUAAAUUAUGUAAUGCAUUUUGGCAGAAGGCGUUAGUUGCAGUGGAAAGGGAAGUGACGAAAAUUGGAGGGCAGUUCCUUGGAAUUGAAGAGAUUAUACGCAGGAGAGUUUAUCAACGAUACAUGUACUUUAAUAAUAACCUUGGUGGCACAUACAGGCACAAAACUUUAGAAAAGACAAUGAAGGACUUAUUUGUAGAGGAUUUAAGAGGCCAGUGUGGAUUGAUUCCGCACAAAGUUGCGCGCAUGUCAUCUUUUCUGAUUGGUUAUUGUGAAGUUAAUGGUAUCCCUGAAGACAUAUUAGAUAAGAUUUUGUCUAAUUCACAACAAUUCUCCAUUUUAGAUAUCAUAAAUUUAUCUAGGGGAAUCCAGAUAAGUUUAGCUUUCCAUCCCAAGAAUAUUCGAAGGUCUUAUACGGAGCAAAUUACAAGCCUCUGUCAUGUCCUUAAUAGCUGCACUGAAAGACAUUUAAAGAAAGUGGAGUCCCUGGGGUUGAUUUCUGACCUCACUCGAGCUUUUCUUAAUCGAGGGGGAUCUUCAAGGACGUUUCUUUUUGACGCUUUAGUAGAUGCACACAUUCCACUCUUGGGAGAGCUUAAUUCGCGUGUCAUAAGGGACAUCUCGAGCAAUUUUCAGAGAACGAAAUAUAGCUCACCAAAGAUAUUUGAAGCAGUAGCAGAGUAUGUGAUCAAAAAUCAAGACUAUAUGCUAGCAGGAACAGUUGAAAGAUUUUUGACAUGCAUCUAUAGCCUUGGUUAUCACCCAGAAUCUUAUGACAAGUUUUUUUCAGCUUGUGUUUACAUUUUAAAUCAAGAUAGGAGCAGUCUGUCUGGUUUGAGUAUUUUGGAAAUGAGCUUGGCUCUAUGUAUGUACGGCUACGUUAAUACUGAGAUUCUUCAGAGUAUCUUUAAUAUUUCAUUUCUCGACAAGUUAGAUGACGAAAUCUCUGCCUGCUAUUCUAAGGGCACAUAUCCAUACCGUGUACGUCACACACUUAUGGAAUUGAAUCGUGCUGUUUGCAUUGACCACCCAGAAGAGAAAAUUCCAUGGUUUCAUGAGAAGUACUGCAAAGAACUUUUAGAAACAGUCGCUGUUCCUAAUAGUGUCUUCCAUUCUGAAGUCCAUCAGGCACUCUUUCAGUUAGUAGGGGGCCCAGAGGUGGUGAAGGCAAAUGCUAAGACACCAUACUUUUAUCUCCUAGAUUUUGAAUUCAUGCUAGAUGCAGAAAAGCGCCCUGUCCCUAUAUCUGAUUACAAUUCUGUUAGCAAGACUACUGGAUCUGCAAAGACCAGAAGAAUUGAAAAUAAUCCUGGAUAUAGACGGAUAGCUGUUCUGCUGCGUAAUGAAGAUUGUUACUGUGUCAAUAGUCGUCACUUGAUGGGUAGGCAUCAGAUGGAAUGCAGACACUUGGAAAUUAUGGGGUAUGAAGUAGUUGAAAUUCCACAUUUUAUGUGGUAUUCAAUGGCACAUGCAACGGUUGAAGACAGAAUGCAAUAUCUCAGAACACUUAUUCAUCCAUAGAUUUUAGAAGCCUUCUUAAAUUCUUGUAUAAAAGUUAUAAAACUUUACCAAGUUCUUUGUAAGAGAAAAAUGCCCGGUGAUUUAGACUAUCUCAUAAACUAAAGAUACCAAAACUAACUUAUGGAAUCGAACAGUUUGCGAUGUAAGCAGUUUGUUAUUAAAAAUAAAACAUUAGGACAAGCCUUUGAAGAGGUUUUUAAUUGUAAAGUUGUUACUAUUCCAUUUUUUCUUUCUUGAUAUUGUUAGAAAACAAAUUGCAUCAAUCUCAGGUUUUAGGGUAAAAGUGUAUGUAGGUGGAUUCUAUAAGUUCUGUAAGCUACCACAGUACAGUAGUAUACGUAUUUAUUUAUUGAAAUGGUAUAAAUUGCCUCAAAAUUGUAAUGUUAAAAAAGGUAGUAAACUGUAAACUUCACAUGAAAAAAAUACUUCAUACUUUAUAAUUAUAAUCUGAGGUCAUAUAGGGUAAAAUGGAGUACUCAGAGGUAAGCUAAAAUGGCAGUUCUUUGAAUUUUGUAAUCUCCCAUUAGCAAUUGUAUUUAGGAACACGUGCUUACAGUUUGUGGAUUCUACCUGUAUUAUGUGUUGUCUGCUCUGUCCAGUAGCACAAAGUACUUGAUAUUCUCAUGAACUACAGAACAAACCUCUGCCCAGUUUGAGCCUGUUACUUUGUUGCCUAAAGGAAUAGGCUUUAGUAAGGCAAUGGUUUGUAAUGAUGGAACGUAAAAUUGUUUUAUAAACUAUACUUUGUGGGCCAUUUUGUCUCCAAAGUUAUUUGGUUGGGACUGUUUUAAUUCUUGUUAAAUGUAUAAAAUUUUUAUCGUGAAAUAUUUUCCUAAUUAAAAUGACAAAGCAUG